CAUAUUUCAUUUAUGAACACGUUGGCCGUUGCUUGCUCAACGACUUGGUGAAUGGUUGGUCAUUAAGCAAUCUUGGUCUCGUCGCUUCCGUCCUAAGGUUUAUUUAGUAUAACAUAAUAUACGUUCUGUGUUGGAACUCAAAAUGGUUCCUACGGCAAAGGAGAUUAGAGACCGAUACAUCAAAUUUUUUACCGACAAAAAGAACCACGAAUACAUACAUUCCUCGUCCGUCGUUCCUUUGGACGAUCCCACUUUAUUGUUUGCAAAUGCUGGCAUGAAUCAGUUCAAGCCCAUAUUUUUGGGUACUGUAAAUCCGUCGUCGGAUAUGGCCAAAUGGAAACGUGCGGUCAACACACAGAAAUGCAUUCGCGCUGGUGGAAAACAUAAUGAUCUAGAUGAUGUCGGUAAGGACGUUUAUCAUCAUACAUUCUUUGAGAUGCUGGGAAAUUGGUCUUUUGGCGAUUAUUUCAAAAUUGAAAUAUGCCAAUGGGCUUGGGAAUUCCUUACUCAAGAAUUUAAUUUAUCUCCUGACAGAUUGUAUGUGACUUAUUUUGGUGGCGAUACAAAGUCGGGUCUCGAACCAGAUUUAGAAUGUAAAAAUAUUUGGCUUAAUUUAGGACUUCCCGAGAGCCAUAUUAUUCCAGGUAGUAUGAAGGAUAACUUUUGGGAAAUGGGUGAGACUGGUCCUUGUGGUCCUUGCUCUGAAAUACAUUAUGACCGAAUUGGUAACAGAUUGGCAGCUGAUUUAGUCAACCAAGACGACCCUGAUGUUUUGGAAAUUUGGAAUCUAGUGUUUAUGCAAUAUAAUCGAGAAAAGGAUGGAACAUUAAAGAAUUUACCCAAAAAACAUAUUGAUUGUGGUAUGGGCUUUGAACGGCUCGUUUCAGUCAUUCAAGACAAGCGGUCAAACUAUGAUACUGAUAUUUUUCAGCCUUUGUUCAUAGCCAUUCAGAGUGGUACGAAUGCAGCUCCAUACGAAGGCAAAGUCGGUGCAGAUGAUCAAGAUCAAAAAGAUAUGGCCUAUAGAGUGCUUGCGGAUCACGCUAGAACAUUAACUAUUGCAUUAUCUGAUGGUGGACGACCUGACAAUACUGGCCGAGGCUAUGUAUUAAGGCGUAUACUUAGGCGAGCAGUUCGAUACGCUACAGAAAAGUUAAACGCUAAACCUGGAUUUUUUGCUAGUUUAGUACAAGUUGUUGUUGACAUACUUGGGGAUACAUUUCCUGAAGUGGUCAAAGAUCCACAGCAAGUAGUUGAUAUAAUUAACGAAGAAGAAGAGCAAUUUUUAAAAACAUUAUAUCGCGGUCGUAAUCUUUUAAGUAAAACUAUUUCAAAGCUGACUAACAAAACCAUACCGGGGGAAGUUGCCUGGAGGUUGUAUGAUACGUAUGGUUUCCCCGUAGACUUGACACAUUUAAUGGUUGAAGAAAAAGGAUUAUCUAUUGAUAUGGAAGCAUACGAAGAAGCCAAGAAAAGAGCUCAGCUUGUUAGCCAAAAUAAAGUAGACGGUAGUAAGGAAAUGGUUUCUUUGGAUGUUCAUGCUCUUGCAGAUUUACAAGCAAAAGGGGUACCUACAACAGACGAUUUGCCAAAGUACGAUUAUAACGCUUUAUCGGAUGGACCAAAUGCCGAGUAUACAUUCAAUACAUGUACAUCAAAAGUUUUGAGUAUCAAAAUUUCUAGUGGUUUCGUCCAACAAGUAAGUGCAUUAGAAGAAUGUGGAAUAUUAUUGGAUAAAACAUGUUUUUAUGCAGAACAAGGUGGUCAAAUUUAUGACGAAGGUUCUUUAAUCAAGGACGAGGACACAGAGCUGUAUAUAAAAAAUGUUCAAGUACGAGCUGGAUACGUUUUACAUGUUGGCAUUCUGGAAAGUGGUUGUUUGAAAGUCGGGGAUCAAGUAACUCUAAAAAUUGACGACAAAAGACGUCGCCUAAUAAUGAAUAAUCAUACAGCUACUCAUACUCUGAACCACACGUUGCGUGUUGUUUUGGGUGACAGCUCUAAUCAAAAAGGAUCUCUGGUCGCUCCAGAUAGAUUACGUUUUGAUUUUACAAACAAGUCUGCAAUGACCGUGGAUCAAAUUGCCAAAGUCGAAAAACUUACAAAUGAAGUAAUCGAUCGAAACGAUGCUGUGUAUGCCCAAGUUACCGCUUUAAACGAUGCUAAAAAUAUUAAAGGAUUACGUGCCAUGUUUGAUGAAACUUAUCCAGAUCCAGUUCGCGUUGUUUCGGUUGGUGUUCCCGUAGAAAAAUUACUUUCAGAACCACAGGGAACUGCGGGCUUAGAAACUUCUGUAGAGUUUUGUGGGGGCACACAUUUACACAAGACUGGCCAUAUGGAGCGUUUUGUAAUACUCACCGAAGAGGCAAUAGCUAAAGGUAUUCGUAGGAUCGUUGCGUUAACCGGUCCAGAAGCAACUAAAGCCUACAACAGGGGAGAAGAACUUAGGAAACAAAUAACGAAACUGAGUCCGAAAGAUUUGAAUUUGCCUAAAUUAAUAACCGAAGCGCAAGAUAAACUAAGUAAGUCGGUAAUGCCUUACUGGGUAAAAGAAGAAUUAAGGCAAGUCUUGUCUGGCCUUAAGAAGGGUAUUGCAGACGAAGAGCGAAAACGACAAGCAGCCGUCGCUGCAGUUAUCGUGGAAACGGUAAAAGACAAGAUAAACGCAGAAGCGGAUAGAACGGUGGUUGUGUGCAAGUUGGACGCAGGGUCCAAUACAAAAGCGUUAGACACAGCUUUAAAACAGGUAAAGACGACUAGACCAGAAAUCGCGGUCAUGUUGAUUUCUGAGGAUAAAAAUUGCGGCAAAAUAUAUUGCCACUGUGCGGUUUCUAAGGACCUAAAUGCUAAGGGGCUCAAGGCUAACGAUUGGGCAGCGAAAGUUGCAGCGGCUAUUAACGGCAAAGGUGGAGGCAAAGCGGAUUCCGCUCAAGCGUCCGGUACGAAUAGUCAAAACGUAGAUGAACUUGUAAAAAUAGCAGAGGAAUUUGCAUCUCUGUCACUCAGUUAAAUUUUUAUAAAGAAUAUAAUGAUUUUUUUAUUUUUAUUUUCAUAAAAUCAAAUGAGUGCUACUUGUAUCAAAUUUUUAAGCAUAAUUUUUUCAAAACUGUUCAAUAUCCAGUUGCUAAUUUUGUAUAAUUUCAAAGAAUAUACAGAUACGAUUUUUUGAUCAUUGAAA